AAAGGGUUAUGAUCGGCCUCAAGGGUACACUCAAUGUUAUAGAUAACUCUGGCGCUCUUCUCGUCGAGUGUGUCAACGUUCUCAAGCAGAAGGUCAACAAUGGCUGGGGUUCUGUAGGUGAUGAAAUAGUCUGUGUCGUCAAGCGUGCAAGACCAGUCUCUGCAGCAACACAAGCUUCGACAACUGCAGUCAAAGUUCGUCGCGGAGACGUCCGACGGGCUGUUAUUGUGCGCACAAAAAAGUCUGUACGUCGACCAGACGGUCGCUUCGUCAGGUUCGACGACAAUGCUGCCGUUCUUCUAAACAACAAGAGAGAAAUGUUGGGCACGCGCAUAGGUGGUGUUGUCAGUGCGGAUCUGAGGAUGAAGGGGUGGGGCAAGAUUGUCAGUCUGGCACCGAAGGUGGUCUAAUAUACACGAAACAUACGGUCUACGCAAUUAAUGUCCCGGUUCAUUAGAUAGAAUACAACUCCACAAUUGUUU